AUGCAGCGCUUGGUGCUUCGAGAGGCAAACAAGGACAUUACCCUUGCGAAGCUCGAGAUCGAAGAGGUCGACACACCGCAGCCAAAGCCUGGCCAGCUGCUGAUCAAGGUACUUGCUGCUCCGGUGAACCCCUCGGACGACGGAGUAUGGAAGAAAGCACCUUCACAUGGCUAUCCGUUGCCGUUGGGAAACGAGGGCUCCGGGCUGGUGGUUGCCACUGGCGGCGGCGUAUUCGCAUCGCAAUUCGUGGGGAAGAAGGUCGCCUUCACAGGAAAGUCCUAUGCACAGUAUGCAGUCGUGGAUGCUUUUGGGAUGGGUCCUUGGAGCCUGCCCAGCAGCAUUCAGGUGGAGGAUGCGUGCGCCUAUUUCGUGAAUCCCUUCACCGUGAUCUCCAUCGUCGAGGCUGUACGCUCUAAGAAGGGGAAGGCCUUCAUUCACACAGCUGCGGCAUCACAGCUGGGCCAGAUGAUGGUGAAGUACUGCCAGAAGGAGGGUAUUGCCUUGGUGAAUUUGGUGAGGAGGAAGGAGCAGGUCGAGCUGCUUCAGAAGCUCGGGGCGAAGUACAUCGUGAACACCAGCGAUCCAGAAUGGAAGUCAGCACUUGGGAAGAUGAUGAUGGAGCUUCAGAUCUCGCAGGUGGUGGACUGCAUCGCUGGUGACUUCACCGCUGAGCUAAUCGAGCUGCUUCCCCCCGGCGGCACGGCCUGGGUCUACGGACGGCUCUCAGGCAAAGACCUGUCUGCCAUCAACCCGAUUCAACUCAUCUACUUUGGCAAGAAGCUCGAGGGCUUCCUCGUCAGCAGUUGGAUCUUCAAGGAUGGUAUGGUCCGUGGCCUCUUGCGUGCCCGCAAGCAAGCCGCGAUCGUUGCGAAGAACUUCGACAUCUUCGGAUCCCAGGGCUUCAAGGACGUGUCGAUGAAAGAUAUGCACCAGGCCUACUGCAGCCACCUCGCCUCGGGUGCGACGGGGGCCAAACUUCGAGUGAGGCCUUGGUCCUUCAAGGGCUAA